AUUCUGUGAUUCUGUGAUUCUGUUGCCUUCGGGUCUGCGGUGCGGGCCAGCAGCAGGAAUAUGCCUCUGAAGGGUCAGUUUGUUCUUAGCAGGGCUCCAGGCUAGGAUUUCAAGAGACAUGCCAGUCAGGGCAUGCAUAGGGGGAGAGAUUUAGCUGGGGAAUGAGAGCCAAUGGAGUAUAUCUUGUGUUCUACCAAAAUGAGAAACACUUUUCCAUCUUUGUAGUAAUAUCCAGGUGCCUGUUAAACUGUGACUUUUCAUAUUAACCAGGGUGCCAUGUUGCCUCAGAAGAGGGGAAGAACACCUUCCAGCAUAGCCGUGAACUGCUGUUGGAGAGUCCUGGUGACUUGCUUACUAUUUCUUCCAAGUGCUUUCUCUCUGCAGCCAGACCAUCCCAAGGUGUUGCUGGUAUCUUUUGAUGGAUUUCGAUGGGAUUACAUCUAUAAAGUCUCAACUCCCAAUUUUCAUUAUGCCAUGGAGAAUGGUGUUCACGUUAAACAGGUCACUAACGUGUUCAUAACGAAAACGUAUCCUAAUCACUAUACAAUGGUGACAGGUCUCUAUGCAGAAAGCCAUGGUAUAGUUGCUAAUGAGAUGUAUGACCCUAUUCUGAAUGAAACUUUCUCUGUGAACAACAUGGAUAGCUCCAUUCGGGAAGGUGGGAUCUAUAAUUCCAAGUUCUGGGAAGAAGCCAGCCCGAUAUGGGUAACAAACCAGAUGGAAGGACAUAAAACCGGAGCAGCUAUGUGGCCUGGAACGGAUGUGAAAAUACGUGGAGUCUUUCCGACCUAUUACAUGCCCUACAAUGAAUCUGUUUCAUUUGAAGACAGAGUUGCUAGGCUUAUCGGCUGGUUUAAAUUGGAAGAACCCAUAAAUUUUGGUCUGCUCUACUGGGAACAGCCUGAUGAGAUAAGCCAUGUUCUGGGCCCAGAAAAUCCACUUAUGGGACCGAUAAUUAGUGAUAUUGACAAGAAGCUGGGAUACCUGAUGUUUGAACUGAAGAAAGCGAAGCUGUGGAAUGUGGUAAAUGUCAUAAUCACGAGUGACCAUGGGAUGUCACAGUCAUCCUCAGAGCGGCUCAUUGAGCUUGAUCAGUAUGUGAACAGAGAGCUCUAUCGAGUCAUUGACCACUCUCCUGCAGUAGCUAUUUUGCCAAAAGAAGGCAAACUGGAUGAAGUAUAUGAAGCUCUGGCCAGUGCUCAUCCCAGCAUGACUGUUUAUAAAAAGGAGCAGAUUCCAGAUAGAUUCCACUACAAACACAACCAUAAAAUUCAGCCAAUCUUAGCUGUGGCUGAUAAAGGAUGGGAAAUUGUAUUCAAUAAGUCUGAUGGUUUUCAAUUUGGUAAUCACGGAUAUGACAACAACUUACAAGAAAUGCACCCAAUUUUUUUGGCAGUCGGGCCUGCUUUCAGAAAGAAUGUCACCAGAGAAGCCAUGAAUUCUACAGAUUUGUACCCCUUGUUGUGCCAUCUCCUCAGUAUUACCCCCCUGCCAAACAAUGGUUCAUUCAACAAUGUGAAAUAUAUUCUUGCUGAAAAGGUUCCUGUACUCUCGGGAGCAGACGUCUAUGCUACUGUUGUCGGAGUCUUUCUAGGCAGCUUUCUUGUUAUGAUUUUUUUUGCACUUUUUGUUAAGCAUUUAAUCCUCAUCCAAGCAAGUACCAUGCAAAUGCAAUGUACUGAAGCUGCCCGGCCACUCUUACAAUAUUCAUAAUGCUUGCCAGUGGAGGCACGGUGAAGUUUUAGAGUAACACUUGGUACUGUUUCUUGCUUGAUGCUUAAAAUAAGCUUGUACAAAUAAAGACUAAUAGAAGAGGUUCAGCAUAAACAUGCAGAGUAAAGGAAAACAGAUCCUGAUCCAUUGGUACACUGAAGUACAUACUAGGUACACACAGAGUGUGUUUCUGUUUCACUUUAUAAGCACUUAAUCUUUUGGAGGUACAGCUGGGAAGCUGUAUAUGUAGGUAGACUUGUAGGAAUGAGAUGUUGAGUACCUCAUUCUGAGCUGCUUUUAGGGAAAUAACAUCAACUGAAGUGCAUUUCAGGCUCUUUUGUGCUGAUUUAAUUAAUAUAUAUAUAUUAAUCUCUUAGGUUCUAUCAAGUCACUGAAUGUGACGAGGUGGUAUUGCCUUUAGCAAUCAGCUUUAAACUACUUGAUUUUUUUUUUUUUAAAGUAAAUGUAGAUCUUUACUAUUUCCACUGUCUCCUGUACACUGGACUAUAUUUUCUAGGCGUUCCUAGGAGGCUGGCAGUUUAAAUACACCAUACAAGCACAAAAGAUGUAUAUCCAAAUGGGGUCUUUUAUAUUUCUGUCACAAGAAAUUUUUUUCUGAAUAACGUCGAAUCGGUUAAGGAACAGGCAUGUGCAAGCUUGUUUCAGAGGGCUGUUGAGCUUGUUACUGGGUCUAAAAUCUGAUCUGUUACCAGAGACUGCUUGCUAGGGUGAGCUUGGCUUGCUGUCUCAUGCUUUAUCUGAUGUGUCUGGGUGGGGCCUUAGAGUUUGAUAUGGUUAGGAUUAAACACACAAUCUCAGGAAUAGCCAUAAAAAAAACCUACUCUUAAAACUAAGAAGCACACUUUGAAAGAAAGUACAAAACUGGAGUUUGUUCUUGCAGAGGAAUGUCUUUGCCAGGGAAAGUUGUUGAUUAUGAGUCAAUAAAACUGAGUCAAUAAAAGUAUGUUUCUCUGAGUCUUUUGUGGGUGUUGCUGAAAUUAAUCUUGCCCCUGUUUUUAGGGUUGUGGGGUUUUUUGUUUUCGUUCGUUUUGUUUUGUUUUGUGAGCUCACUUAGAUGGUAGAUAAGGAGCUGCUGGCUAAGGUGUGUAUGAAAGACGUGAUAUGAAGUAAGGGAAGCUGUUUAGUCAUCAGAUUUCUUUACAAACUGAUUGUGCUUUCCUCUGAGUUAGUUUUUGUUUGUGUUUAGCUUCCGAGUACAAUGCCUGAAGGAGGGAAAAAAAAAAAGAUCUUUUAAAAUUCACAGUAAUAUUCAGUCUGUUAUUCCUGUAAAAGCCAUUUAUUGCUUUAUCCGCAGCAUCCAGCAGAGGGCAAAGAUGGGAACCUCUUGGCCUUGGAGAUGUGCUGUGCCUAGCUAAUGCUGUGCCUAACCAGCUCAGACUGCAGAUGGGAGGGUUGCCAGCAGGCCUAGCAAGACCGACGGCAAGCUGAGUUAAGUCCAGAAUUUAUUUUGCUAAGCUUAAUUCCUGACUAAACGAAUGGCAUCCAGGUGAGUUCAGAAGUGAGCUUACUGCCUCGGUGGCAGUUCUGCAGUGCCACACGACUUACUGCUCUGCUCUCUGCUGUGCAGUCAUCUCUUGGUUUCCUCUGCCAUUUCAGGACGCUUGCAUGGCAUUCAGCUGUCUUGCAGACAUGGAAAGUUUCCAGAGGCCACAGCUAGGUGCAGAGAAAAGGCUUGAGAGGGAAGGGAGUGGAUAUGCCAACCUAAGGUCAAGCUGUAACAGCAGCUUUAGGAAGGCAGGAGCCCCUGGUGUGGGGAUGUGAAGUGUUUUGUACCUUGAGCUAACUCAUCUCUGCGGUUCUGCUGUUACUGUUCUGUGUUCUUUUGUUUUCUUGCCUUGCCGUUUUCCUAUGAAAACACCAAAGGGAAACCUCUGGGGUAGCAGUGCCUGACAUUGGAAAGCUGGCCCUUAGUGGAGCAGCCCCUUAUGUAGGCCUGGGGUUUGAUUUGCUGACGCCAACCAAAACUGAAGGAUCGAGUUGAAAACUGGAGGCAGUAGUGAUGUUCUCAGUAGUUUCUAGGGAGGUUUGGAAAGUCUGAGUAGCAAACCUAGAUUUCUAAAUUGUUACUAAUCCCUUUCCCCCACCUACUGUCCAAAAUGGAUGGCAGUUGACUACAUUAUUCUUUAUUUACAACUUGAAAACUAAUUGCAGUGCAAACUCAGCUUGUGUUUAAAGACAGAUUGACAUUUUGAUGUUACGGGAGUAACAAUGAAUAUUGGAGAUGAACUUCCUCUCGAGGUGUCAUAAUCCCCCCAUCCUCUGUAGCUUCUUCAGUCACCCUGUUUGGGGCCCGUUGGAACAUGCUGCUUUAACAGAAGUUGUCUUUAUUGCGGUAGUUUCAUAGCAAUGCUUUUGGCAGAUGUGAAAAUAACCGCAUUAUUUUCUCAGAGAUGUGUAUUCAACUCUUUUCUUACUGUGACAGGUGUAGUCCUACAGUCAGCCAAGGUGACCCUUGAUUUUAAGGAAGGGGCAAGGUCAGCGUUACUCAGCCCUGCUGGGAUUUAUUCACAUGACAAGAAAAGCAAUUGGUUUCCACUGACAAAGAGUUUGGGAAACACAAUAUUCAAAGCAGGCUGGGACCGUAACCAUGAGAACUCUUCUCAGUUUAACUGCCUUGUAUUGCUCUGUAAAGCCUUUCUUUGAAGAGGGUAAAAUGAUAGCUUAUAGGAAACCGAAGGGAGCCUUUCAGCAUUCAGGUAUUUCGGUUUGGGUUUAAACAUGUUCCCUUCAUUGUUUUUUGUGUUUGCAGAUAUCUCUUUUGUAGCUACCUUGUGAGGAUGCUUGCCCAGACAGUGCUAAACACUGUUUUAAGAUUGUGUCUGUACAUUUAGUGAAAUUGAAAGAACAUGUGAUACCACUGGAGAAAAAUACCAACUUUUCAGACUUGUGAUGUGAGAUUGAUUCUUCAGGCUACCUUUUUGGCUGGGGAGGACGUGGGGUUUGGUUUCUGUGUAUGUGAUACUUCUUACGAUGUAUGAACACGUCGACUGGAAAGUGGAGAUGAGUAUAGUGUAUACCACUUGUAGCUUAAGCUUGGGGACUGAGAAGCUUGCGUGCAUGAUAUUGUCCUUCACUAUUGACCUGUGAAGCAUACUUUGAGAUGCCAAAUACUUCUUUCCUGCUCAGAAAUGUUGAAGUUGAAAUAUAUCUUUGUUGUAGUGCUACUGAGCACUGAGUGCUCGCUCAAUUUAAAAACAAUGUUUUGGAGAAGAAUGAACUUAAAUCAUAUGGAUCCCAAAUAUUUCUUGUACUCUGCAUAGCAUAUGUCUUCAUUAAAAAUAACUAGAAGUGUAGCAGGAUUUAAGAAUUUUUGGUCAAGGUUCUUAUGCAAAAGACUCCCUUGCUUCCUACCUUGCUACUGAAUAUAGGAGUAACAGGUAUGUUACCAGCAGCAGUAAUACAUUUUUAUUUAUUUUUUAAAUCAAAAAAUUCUUCCAAGCUGCCUUUGUAGAGCCGCAGUAAUACUGUUUAAAAUAAAUUAAAUAACAAUCUCAAAAAAAACAAAGGCACAAAAGCUGGCUUUUAUAAAGCAAAGAGCUGUGCAACGUGACACUUCAGGCAUGUGAGACAAUCCUGAGCUGCAUGGGGCAGUGACCAACACGCAGUUUGAGUCCUGCUGUUAAUCUUCCCAGCUUAAGUUAUCACCACAGAUGCAGUCUUGAUCCUACCUAUGCCGAUGUAUGUACCUUUCAAGAAAUGAAAUGUCUGUAAUACAGAAAGGUUAUUUUAAGCAUU